AUGGGGUACACCACAGCUUGGAAGCGGCUUUCGCCGCGGCAGCUAAACUUCGCUAUCCACACCUUUUCGCUGAUCUCGAUCUUCUUUGAGGGAUAUGACCAGGGUGUUAUGGGAGGUGUCAACGCCGCGCCCACCUAUGUCACAGAAGUCGGUAUUGGCAAGUCUGAUGGCACCAUCACAAACACAACCCACGAAGGGGGUAUCGUCAGCGUCUAUUAUCUAGGCGCGAUCUUUGGGUGCUUCGCUGGCGGAUGGCUCGCUGAUCGCAUCGGUCGUAUAAAUGGCCUGCUGGCUGGAUCAUUGUUUGCUCUCGUUGGUGGAGCACUGCAAUCAGCCGCUCAGAAUUCGAAUUUUAUGAUAUGUGCCAGAGUGGUGACAGGAAUCGGGACUGGUGCAUUGACUGGCAUCACCCCUGUUUUAGUGUCGGAAACGUCCUCGGCCGAUCAUCGUGGCGGGUUCCUCGGCUAUGUUUUUAUUGCCAACUAUCUAGGAAUAUCCAUCGCUUAUUGGAUCUCAUUUGGGCUCUCCUUCGUGGACAACGGGUACUCUUACGUACGAUGGCGUUUUCUACUCGCAUUUCAAUGUCUCCCCGCCCUUAUCUUAGUCUUUUUUAUCAAGAUGCUACCUGACAGCCCCCGCUACCUAGCGUCGGCCGGUCGACCGAAGGAAGCACGCGAAGUCUUGGCUCGCCUGCGCAAAGGACGGGCCACACCCGAGCAGAUUGAGCGAGAGUAUCUAGAGAUCGUUACUGCUGCGCGUGAUACGCAACCCAGCUCUCCUAUCCAAUUUGCAAAAAUUCUAGUCGGGAAAGGUGGUAGGCCAGGCUCAAACUUAGGCCGAAGAGCAUGGCUAUGUGUUUGGCUUCAGAUUAUGGCGUCAUGGACCGGAAUUACUGCCGUGACUGCCUACUCGCCCACUUUACUCAAGCAGGCUGGCUACAGUGAUGUGAAACAAAAUGGCCUCGCAGGGGGUAUCAACACCAUAGGCAUCAUUGGAACACUAAUUAGCGCUCAGAUUAUCGACCGGCUGGGCCGGCGAGUCUGUUUGAUCGGAGGAUCUGUGGUAUUGUUUGCUGUAAAUUUGAUCGCCGGUGCUGUAUAUGAAGGCUCGCGUCAUCACCCUAGUAAGGCUGCCGAAUUCGCUCCAGGAGCAGUGACGAUGCUCUUCUUAUUUAAUUUGGGCUAUGCUGCUACCUGGGGUACAGUCGCCUUUUUAAUUCCCACUGAGGUUUUUCCAAGUGAAUUGCGAGCUCAGGGCAAUGGCUUCGGAAUAACUGGCUGGGCUAUUGGUGUGGGCAUGACUACUCUUGUCAAUCCUAUCAUGUUCGGUUCUUUGACUAGCCGCACAUAUUUCCUUUUUGCAGGCUUGAACCUCCUCUGGAUCCCAAUUGUCUAUUUCUUCUAUCCUGAGACUUGUAACCGCUCUCUUGAAUCUAUCGACUCUCUUUUCUCGACUUCGAGCCCGUUUUAUUGGAAAAUGGAGCAAGCUUAUAGACUCCACGGUGACGUCCUGGCAGAGCAUGGAGUCACAAGGAGCGAAACCUACGACACUGAUAAGACCGACGUGACUACUGAGAAACCACUAGACCACUCUAGUGUCUGA